CUCGUGACAUGAUAGUCUUGCGAUUUGUAAACUCUACGGGUACGUUAAUCGGAAUGAUUUUGCUCAAUAUGGCAGUAGUAUUGCUUGAAGUGAUGCUAACGCUUGCAGCUGAUAAACCCAUCCCAAGAAGAGAUGCUGAAUAUCCACCACCGUUCGUUCUUGAGAUUUCCAAAAAGCCGCACAAAAUGUGUGUAGCCAGUACGGGAGUAAGUGAAGCUGCCAUCAAAAGGUUCAGCGAUGAAGAUAUUUUUGAGGACGAUGAGAAACUGAAAUGCUACAUGCAGUGUCUGUUCGAAAAAUUGCGUUACACGGAUGACAAAGGAGAGCUACACUUGGGAAAAGUUAUGGACUCUGUUCCGGAAGAAUAUGAAGACAUUGCCCUGAAAAUGGGAUCGAAAUGCCUGAAACCUAAAGGAAAAACAAAAUGCGAGCGCGCGUUUUGGUAUCAUAAAUGUUGGAAAACAUCUGAUCCCGUGAAUUAUUACUUGGUUUGAGCUGGUAUUCGAAUAUUCCAAAAUAAACGGGAGUUUGAAGUAUGUGAAUGUGACACUCUUGAAGUCAAUGAAGUCUACCAUAUAAUUUGGAGCAAAAAGGAUUAUCAAAAAUUUUCCAGAAUUAAGGUUCGAUAGAAGAAAAGUUGAUGUUAUACCAUUUGAAAUGUAUAUACAAAUUAUUAUGAGAAAUAGAAGUAUUUAUUCGUCCUCCAUA